AUGAAGGGGAUUGCUCUUCUUUCGCUUUUUGGGGCUGCAUUGGCUCACCCGGCGGGCCUUUGGUGGGGUACGGAUGUCUGCUACACCAGUCCGGACAAUACCGACAAUCAGUGCUCGGAUGUUCAGCAGAAAGGCUUUGACUUAUCUGAGUUGGCAAACGGUGACAAUUGGAGCUUUGAAGGCUUCAACUUUGUUGGCCUCGAGCCUAAAAAUGGCUGUCAAGGAUCUAGUUACGGGGGCACCUGUCUUGGUGGAAAGCUCUCUAGUGAGGAUGACUGGACAAUCAAGAUUUCCGCCACUGAUGCUCCAUUCUCAAUCCGAAACUUCCAUCUUUCAACUUCCCGGAGCACCGAUGUUUUCAUCAUCUACGAGAUGCCGGAUGGUUCUUCCUGUCAUCAUGUCGCUUUUAGCUCGUACAGGGGAACUGAUGUCGGGAAUGACCAGUGUGGCGGUGCUGUAUCAGUAGAGUUCACGCUUCCCCAAGAGAACAAGUUCGGCGAUUGUGAUAUCGAGAUCCAUUCGAUCGACUUUGACUGCUCUACUGGAUCCAAGUCGCCCGGCCCGAUUCUUGACCCCUCUCGCUCUCACUUGGCGCCUACCCCGAGCCCGACUGUUUCUCAUCCUCCUUUCCAUUUGCCCUCUACUACGCAGGAAGUUCCUACAAUUAGCCACUCUUCCCAGAAAAUGACGACUUCCACAAUCUGGACUACCGAGGAGCUUACUAUCACCAAAUGCGCACCCACUGUCACCAACUGCCCUGGUCAUUCAACUGUUUUAGUUACCUCUACAUAUCCACUGUCAACCACAGUCUGCUCGUCUACACCCGUGGAAACGAAAACUAGCAUAACCUCUCCUCAUGUUGUGCAUUCGGAUCCCCCGAGCUCGAUUGCUUCCUUACCUCAUUUCCAUUGGACCUCGUCUACUCCUGAGGAUCCUACGACUAGACCCUCUUCCUGGCAUAUGACUACUUCCACUGUCUGGACUACCGAGGAGAUCACCAUCACUAGAUGUGCACCAACUGCCACUAACUGUCCUGUUCAUUCGACUGUUUUGGUUGCCUCUACAUACCCAUUAUCAACGACAGUCUGCCCGUAUAAGCCCGCGGAAACCGACCCUAGCACAACCUCUCCUCAUCUUGUGCCCUCGCAUCCCCCGAUCACGAGCUCUAUCACUACCGCUACUGAGCCCAGCCCACCCGUUGUUACCGCUCCCUGCCCUAACCUGGUACCCAAAUGUAUCAACACAUGGCUCACUAUUCCGAAGUGCAACUCCAACAGCGAUGCUGCAUGCUUCUGCCCAUCUACCGAAUUCACGGACAAAGUUAGCGGGUGCAUUCGGGCCUGGAGUAGCUCCAAGAAGGAGAAAGAUUCCGCUCUUGCUUUCUUCGCUGGCAUUUGUGCCCCCUUCGUUCCGGAGAACCCUGCUAUUGUAGACAUCGCUACAACCUGCACUUCUUCCGACCCAGUUCUUAAGACCACUGCUGGCCCUAAAAUCACACCCAGCACACGUACCGUUGUUGCGACUGUUGGUGUACCUACAUCUGUCCCCCAGGCUCCUCGUACCGCCAUCAGCUGGGCUUCACACACGGCAACUGUUCCCCUCGUUGGGUUCAGCACGGUCACUUGUUCCUCUACAACAUCUGUGAAUCUGGUGGUUGUUACUACCACCAGUCCUCCUUCUGAAACUAGCCAUUUCGCGCACGUGUCGUCCUCGACGUUGACAACUAGCUGCAAAAUACGCCCCACCUCUAUUCUUACACCGACUGCCCCUAAGCCCACUGUGUCGUCCUCGACAUUGACAACCAGCUGCAAGACACACCCCACCUCUAUUCUUACACCGACUGCCCCUAAGCCCACUGUGUCGUCCUCGACAUUGACAACCAGCUGCAAGACACACCCCACCUCUAUUCUUACACCGACUGCCCUUAAGCCCACAGGAUCUAAGCCAACUGAAACUGUCGUUCUUGCCAAUGUUGGGUCAAAACUACAAACUUGCAGUUUCUGGGCUUUUGGCAUCGCCCUUAUGGCGCUCCUCUUUUAA